ACAACGUAAUCAUAGGCGCCCACAACGUUGAAGAGGGAAUAGCCAAACAAAAACUGAGCAAGGAAACAUUCAGAGCUAUGAGUAUGAAUCUCCGCGAGUUCAUGACCAACGAUAACGAUGUCUUAAAUGCGAUACCAAGCAAAGAUCGCAUGAACAAAACAGGUAGUACAGUCAAACUGCUAGGACUUAAGUGGGACACAAGCUCGGACACACUAUACAUCCACAUCAAAACCUCACCAACUGAGGUUUUGACAAAAAGGACCGCACUGAAAUCGUUUGCUUCCACUUUUGAUCCAGUGGGCCUAUUGGCUCCACUAUUAGUGAGAGCAAAAAUCCAAAUCAAAGGAAGCAGAAUACGAUCUAGUGCUUUCUCCGACGCCUCUCGAAGAGUAUGUGCUGCUGUCACAUACCUGUUAUGUAAGGCGCCCCGCGAAAAUCCCGUGAGCAACAUGAUAUUUUCAAAGACGAAACUAGCAGUUCCAAAAAAGUCAACCAUCCCGAGACAAGAGUUGCUGGCCUUAGUACCUGCAAUCAAAUCAACACAGUACCUACUCAAAGAACUCAAAAUCCCCAUCAAUACAAUUCACAUAUUUUCCGACUCGCAGAUAAUUUUACAUUGGAUCACCUCAACCAAGCCACUCAAAACCUUCGUUCACAACAGGGUCAGAUAUAUCAAAGAGCUGUGA